CGUUGCGCUCCGAGACCCCACAUCCACGUUUGGUUUCAUUAUUCAUCCACAAAUUACUGUAUGUAAGAAUACUUCAAACUAUCAAACAAGGUGCUUCUUAUAAUGUUUCGUGAUGAACACUGGCAGUUGCUUUUUUUAAGAAUUCGCUGCUGUUUCAAUUCACAUAAUACGAAAUAGAGCUCAAAAUCUGGCCAAAAGAGUGAAAGCCUACCAUUAAAUAUUUUUUUUUGUUUGUUUUCAAAAUGACUCUUCCCAACUCAAGUUUCCACCCAGGUGAUCCGAGCGCCUCCUCCCCCAGGGGUAGCGAGCACCAGUCCGGCUCCAUGGUGAUGUGUUACUCAGCGGCUUCGGUCACGCCUCCCUCCCUCCCCCUCCCUCUUUCGUUCUGUACGACUUACAAAUCAACUGGCUGCUUUAAAAUCAGCAUUUAGCUCCACAGUCUUCUCCCAAGCUAUUCCAUCCCCGGAGUCAAGGAAGAAGAUUCCCUGUAGGUGAGCCAAGCUCAAGAGUUUUUGUUUCUCUCAGAGGUUGAACACGACGGCCGGCAACCAAAAUGGGGUGCUUUGGAUUCCUCAAGUUUAUGAUGUUUCUUUUCAAUGGUAUUAUCUUUGUGGCGGGCGCAGUCAUCCUGGGUGUCGGCAUCUGGGUGAAAGUGGACAGCGGCUCCAUCCUGAAAUUCCUGGGCAUGAUCGAAAACGCCCCCCCGGAGCUCGGCCAGGUGCUCAACGUGGGCUACCUGCUGAUCGCUAUCGGAGUGCUUCUCGUCGUCAUUGGUUUUCUGGGAUGCUGCGGGGCUAUCCGAGAGAGCAAGUGCAUGCUGCUGCUGUUCUUCAUCAUAAUCCUGCUCGUUUUCCUAGCCGAGGUCGCAGGAGCUGUGGUGAUUUUGGUCUUCAGACCUUUGGCCGAAGACGUAUUCCGAAGGUUUGGCACCGCGGCGGUCGAGAGCAUCAAGAAGGACUACGGGAAGAAUUCUGACCUCACCGGAUUGUGGGAUACUACAAUGAGCACAUUAAAAUGUUGUGGGAUCUACAACUCCUCAAACUUUGUGGAUUCUCCAUAUUAUGUGACCAACAACAAUCAGUACCCGCCUCCGUGCUGUCCGGAGGCUAAGCCCUGUAAUCAAACGCUGAUUGACCAUUUCACGGCAAUCCCGGGUUGCUUUGAAAAAUUCACGCAACUGAUUAAUGACAACACGGUGGCAAUUGUAGCUGUGGCGCUGGGAAUUGCAGCCCUUGAGUUAUGUGCCAUGACUGUUUCCAUGAUCCUUUACUGCAAGAUCGAUUCAAGGACAGCCUGAGAAGCAACUACGAAAGGAUCAUUUUAAUCCCUGGACAAAUUCUACGGUACUUUACCAUAUUGCCUGUUUAAAAAAAAAAAGACUGAUUAUAUUUGUACAUAAAUGUCUAAUCUGCUUGAUCAGAAGGUGAGGGGCGGCCUAACAAGCCUAUUUUAAGCACGAUGAAGAGAAAUAAGUUUCCGUGAAUAGAGCAUUUAUCCAGGAGACUGCAAAUUUACGCCAGUGAUUAUUUAAUGUGACAGAGUGUUUUACGGCCUUUGACACACAUGACUGAAUUACGUGAUGAUUAAUAUUGUCAUAAUAAAAUUGAUUUACGGUUUAAUUUUGAAAUGAUGAACAAAUAUUAGUUGCGUUUGAAACUUAAUGAUGGGGUGAAAGCGCUAGCAAUGCAUGGAAUUUAAAUAGAAGAGGAAGACACAUUCAACCAGAGUUGUGUGGGGGGGGGGGGGGGCAAGGGGGGAGGGGGGUUACCGGUAUUUUGUAUCCAAGUUGCCACGAAAACCUGCACUUUGUCGUCAUGAAAUCACUUUUGUCUGGUGAUCGUGCCUUUGUAAGCGGGGUACACACCGACCAAUGAGGUUGAAGGCCCUGAAUCGCUGAGUUUGAACCCCUCCAUGCCCUCCCCGUCUCUGAACAAAAAUUAUAUAGUAGUGUAAUUAUUCAAAUGGCAAAGUAGCACCGAUACAGAACCCUGAACUCGAGUGUCUGGCUCAUGAUUAUUUUCAGAUCUUUGGGACUUUGAUAAAACUCGCCUGCCAUGUCAUCUUAUGAUAUCAAAACGGCUCUCCAAGGAAAGCCAAAAGCACGAUGUUAGCCCAUCCUGUAAUGUCGGACCUUCAAAAUAAAAGCAUGCUAAAUGAC